ACAACAUGACAAAUUUGAAGUUUCAAUCGUGGUCUUUUCCUAAGUGUUUAACAACUAAAUAACGUUAGUAAAUGUGCUGAAUAUGACUGUGCACUAAUAAACUUCUCACUCACCGCUGGUCAUGCGCUGGCGCAACAAAAAGGAGCGGACACAGAUGGUUGUUUUGUAUAAUUCCGGAUUAUUUUAAACAUUUAUUUGAAUACUAUAUGAAUGCAAUAAUAUAAUAUCUGCCAGUGUACGACACUGCCACAAAAUUAACAAUUCGCAGGGUUCAGAACAACUGAAAAAUACCAGCUAAACUGACAAUAUAACUAUUUUCUACGUGGUUUUGUGAAGGACAAACUCCGUCAGAACACUGACAUCAAGCGACUUUAGACACUCACAGCCAGCAAUAGAGACACAAUGAAUGGAUAUUUGUUACAAAGCUCACAUCACAUGCUGUCAGUGUAACUUAUUUUUCGUAAUGUCCCAUCUGACAGCUUCAUGGGCGGUGCCGCCCUCGUCUCCCCCAGUGAAGCAGACAGCUCUGCUGUAAACUCUAGCGUUAUCCAAUCACAACGCCCGGUGAAUCUGCGUCAUGGAAGAUGUAUCCAAUCAGCGCAUGCGUCAAAGGAUCAAGCGCAGCCAGGCAAAGAUGGCGGCGGGCUUCGACUUGCUGGAGGAUGUUUUCUUCAACAGAAAGCAAGACAAAAAGUAGUAAGCGAGCUAGUGAGAUCUCUGGACUCGGAACUAACUGUAACAGUUGACUUUAGCUAAAUGUCUGGCAUUUAUUCUACAGAAAACCACGUCAGUGACUAGACUAUAGUUAGUUAUUUCAAUGUUCAGGGCAGGAAAACAUGGGACUUUCACAACAAGCGCUUACUAAAGCGGGUAAGAUAGUUGCGCAUUCCGGUUAGCUAACAGAAGCUCGUUUUGUUACGGUCAAGCUAAAUUACGGCCAACUUGAAUUCACUCGUCACAAAACUAAGCAGAAAAGUGUUUGGAGACUCGCAGUAGCCAUGUUUCGGCUGCUGUAGGGGUGUUACAGGAGGUGUCAGCAACAGUGCGGGGUCCUUCGGUUCAAGCAUGGAUGAGACAGUUGGAAUCACUUCAGCUGAAUCGAGUGUGACAGCCGCCCAGAGUCAGUCCAAGCUGACGACUGCUAGCGGAGUUGUUACGGUUGUAUCAGAUGCAACACAAGGAACUGUGAAGCCUCACCCGACUGGUGCUGAAACUUUAAAUGGAGGCAACGUGGUGAUGAACUGUCACGUUCCCGGAGGCGGACAACCCGACAGCCCUGCGCCUGCUUCUGUCACGCUUGUCAAUGGACCUGCUUCCGGGGGCAAAGAGGGUGCAGCAGUUGUAUCUGCGUCGCCCAGUCCUAUUAUCCGAACUGUUAUAAGCGCACAAAACGCAGUGACCUCAUGUCAGCCCCCUGUGAAAACUGUCCCCACAGUCACGCUCGUGAGACCGCAUCUGCAAACUGCUAAUGACUCUCCCAGCGCGGACAACACGACUACACCAAACGCUACUGUCAACAAGACGGAUUCCUCUAAAACUCUACCGCAAACUAACAGUCAGGUGCUGGCUUCUACUGGCGCCACCAUCCGGAGUCCCACUGUUCUGCAGAACCUGAGGAUCUCAGUUCCAUCCACUGCCGCUCCUCCUGGUGGAGUACGAGCCAUAGUUCCUCAGGUGUUUGCCCCACGGCCCACGCAGCCGCAACAAAAUGCCACCAACGUCCAAAACAUUACAUUUCCUCCAGGGAUGGUCUUGGUCUGCAGGGAGACAGGGCGGGUGAUGAUGAUUCACCAGCAGCCGUUGGCUCAGAUACAAGCUCAGGCGCAGUCACAAAGCGCCAUGACACCUCGACCUACAGCCCCCACCAGCACUCCACCUGUCCAGGUCACGUCUCUACAGACUCCAGGCACACCACUGAUGGGCCGUUCAGUCACUCCCACCACCAUAAUCAAACAAAGUCCGCCGGUCCAGACCACACUCACUGCCACCACCACACUGCAGAGGCCUCCUGUACUGCAGAACACCAUCAUGCUGGGAGGAGGUGCCACCUCCGCAGGAGCCUCCACCAACGUCCAGUCUGCAGGAACCCAGCGGGUGGGAGCUACUCCAACCGCAGUGACAGCUGAAACUCUGGAGAACGUGAAAAAGUGUAAAAACUUUUUAUCUACACUUAUUAAGCUAGCCAGUGGGAAGCAAUCAACAGAGACUACAGCAAAUGUCAAGGAGCUGAUCAAAAACCUGCUGGACGCAAAAAUAGAGGCUGAGGAUUUCACCAGUAGGCUGUACCGGGAGCUCAACUCUUCGCCUCAGCCUUUUCUUGUACCGUUUCUCAAGCGGAGCCUCCCAGCUCUACGUCAGAUGACUCCAGACUCGGAGGCCUUUCUCCAUCAAAGCCUUCCGCCCCUGCCCAGCGCCCAGUCUACCGCAACAACCUCCUCUGCCCUCAGCGCCGUAGUCCUGCGACCCCCCCUCUCCUCCGUUAGCGCCACUACUGCUGCUACCAAAACCACCGUCAUCAGCCUGCCUCAGACACCCAACAGUAAACCUGGCCUGAUUGUGUCCCAGCAGCAGGGGACCAUGGUGAGACCUCAGGUGACACUCGCUCCGUCUCCCAUGGUAACAUUCAGAGGACAAACUCCCAAUCAUAUCAUUGUGGGUCAGGUGGUCAAACAGCUACCAGCAGCAAAGCAGACGGUGGCUCCAGGGAUCAGAGGAGUUCAAGUUCUUGGUCACGCUUCACUUUCUGAAGCUCAGAGGAACAGUCUGAAAGAAGCAGCAGGAGGAGGAACUUUCAAGGAUGAUGAUGACAUCAACGAUGUGGCUUCCAUGGCAGGAGUCAACUUAUCAGAGGAGAGCGCCAAUAUCUUAGCAACCAACUCUGAGCUUGUCGGCAUAGUGACUCGGUCCUGUAAGGACGAGACCUUUCUCUUCCCCCCUUCACUCUCCCGAGUAGCUCUGCAGAUUGGUAAGAGGUUCGGCGUUAGCGAGUUGGGCACAGAUGUGAUCAGCUACAUCUCCCACGCUACAAAGCAACGACUGCAGAACCUGCUGGAAAAGGCGUCACAUGUGGCUCAGCAGAAGAACAGAAGUUUUAAGGAGGACGGGCAGUAUGAGCAGGUCGGCGACGUGCGAGCUCAACUCAAGUUCUUUGAGCAGUUGGAUCAGAUGGAGAAACAAAGGAAGGAGGAGCAGGAAAGAGAGAUUCUUCUAAAGGCAGCUAAGUCCAGGUCACGACAAGAAGACCCAGAGCAGCUCAGACUCAAGCAGAAGGCCAAAGAGAUGCAGCAGCUGGAGCUGGCUCAGAUCAGACAGAGAGAAGCCAACCUGACUGCUCUGGCAGCUAUCGGCCCAAGAAAGAAACGGAAGGCAGACUCGCCUGUCAGGGGUGCAACUGCUGAGGGCCCAGGGUCAGGCCCCUCCCAACCCGGAGCCUCAGCUGGACCGGGCUCCAGGCAGUUUAUGCGACAUCGCAUCACCAGAGUAAACCUCCGGGACCUUCUCUUCUGUCUGGAGAAUGAAAAAGAGACCAGUCACUCACAGCUGCUGUAUAAAGGCUUCCUCAAAUAGCACCUGAAUUAGAGUAACUGGUCCCACACAGUGGCUUUAACGUGGUACUUUACUCAUAUUUUUAUUACAAAAAAUAUUAAUUUGUUUCAGGAAUUAAAAGUGAGCCAGAUCAGAUUUGAGCUGAACAUGGCUGGACUCUUACUUCCUGAUAUUUGGAUGUCUCACCCCUGAUUGGCUAACUGUUAAUUGACAGUGUGAUGUAGAUCUGUCAGGCUUUUCUAAUCCUAGAGUUUCACAGUCUAUUUUCUGUCAGAAGCUAAUGCAGCAGAUAGGUGUAGGAGACUAUUUUCAUGUUCAGCCUGUAUGAAAACUCAGAGACUCAUUAUAAUCAGAAAUAAUGAUUAAAGAGACUUUCAGUGAAGCAACACUUUAAGGAAGCUGGGUGGACACAGACUUCCUGAUGGGACUUCCUGAAUUCUAAACUAAGGGGACCUUGGCGGUUUAAAUCGUAUUCAAGCAUUUUUGGUCUUUAUUUAAGCGCACCUCUCCCCUGAGUUUUAUCGUCGGGCACCUGCAACACCCAUCCACACUCAACCGUUGAAUGGCCUUCUCAAUACAAGCCAUAUUAAUUUGAUGAAUUAUCAACCCAGCAGUAUUUUCCACAGUUCUACGAUGGAUGAAUGAUUGCUUGUUUUAAUUACUUUGUUUAUUUAAUAUUUAGCUCUCAAGCCUCUUGUCACAUCGAGUGCAGAAGGGAUGCGGUCUGGUUUCUGUACGGCUUCUGCAUUGAUCAGAAAUCAUUGACUCCAAUCAGAGCAUUCUGACUGGUGGCGGCGCGGAUCUUGAAACGAAGCUCCAGAAAUUUUCUGCAUGGAGGCUAUUUUUCCAGAUGCUGCAUGUAAAAUGUAUAUUUCAAAUGUGUCAAUUAUCAAAUUAUGUUGUAUGAGCAGAUAUCCAGCCGGACUGUAGUCGGUGUGAAUGGCUGUACAGAAACUGGACCGCCUCCGUAUCAUAUUCAGUGUGAAAUGGGCUUCACGCUCACCAUCAUAGCGCUUAAUAUUGGAAGUUUACAGUGGUUGAUUUUUAUUCAGACUCUUUUACUAAAAUUUAAAUAUUUUCCAUUAAUAUCCUUUUCUUAGGCAUAUUAUAGUAGGUAAAGUAGUAUUUUUUUAAUAUUGAGAUUUGUAUCGAAGUAAUUUUUGUCAAGAAUACCUUUGGGAAGGGCAAAGAUCAAGCUCCUUCUCAUACAGAAAUCACACCAUCUGUAAACAUACCUAAACAAAGUGAAAAAGGACUGUCAGGUGUGAACUUUGCAAUGUGGUGCGCCCAAGCUGUGAUCAAUUUGUUGCAACAUUGCUCUUGAGUUUUUAUGAAUUAACUCCUUAAUGUGACUCAUUGCAGUCAUUUAUAUUUGUGUGUUUUAUAUUUCUAAAUAAGAAGAGUGUUUGGCUGUAGGACCGUUCUUUACCAAUCAUUUUUCUUAUACAAGUCAUUCAGAUGUACAUACCACUUUACGAGAUUUUACAUUUUUAGUGCACAAAUAACUUUUGCCUUUGUAUCUUUGUUUUUCUUUAAAUAUUAUUGAAUUAAUGAUUUUAGCAAAGGUUACUGACUUCAGAUUAAAUAAAUGUAUUUUACUUGUAAAAUAAAUUAAACAGGUUAUGAUGGUUUCUCUUCUAUCAUGUAAAUUUUGCACAACUGUUUGUUUAUAUGUAAAUAUCUGGAUUGAAUUAAAAUUUUACUGAUUAUUUUAUAAAUGAUUGAGAGACAUCUCUAAUAAACAAACACAACUAAGAACAUUAUGUUUAGUAGUCUUUAUUCCAGCAGAUGUCCUGCAGUAGGUCUGCUAACAAACAUUCAGUAUAAACGUUUCAUUAAAU